CGUAAACAGGAAGUAACCACAAGGCGAACGGGUGGUGCGUUGUUGAUGUUGAGCUCCGUCGUUUUUUACCUCAAUAAUCUGUCGGACCUACACAAACAGCCAAAAUGGGGAAACGACAGCACCAAAAAGAUAAAAUGUACAUCACAUGUUCAGAGUACACACACUUUUAUGGAGGGAAGAAAUCAGAAAUCCCAAAAGCAAACUUCAGACGGCUUCCGUUUGACCACUGCAGCUUGUCCCUGCAGCCGUUUGAGUAUCCCGUCUGUACUGAUGAGGGAGUCGUCUUUGACCUGCUGAGCAUUAUGCCGUGGAUCAAGAGGUAUGGCACCAAUCCGAUCUCCGGAGAGAAACUGGAGGCAAAGUCCCUCAUCAAACUCAACUUUGCCAAGAACAACGAUGGGAAGUAUCACUGCCCCGUUCUGUACAACAUCUUCACAAACAAUUCUCACUUCGUGGCCAUCAAGGUCACCGGCAACGUGUUUUCUCAUGAGGCUGUUGAGCAACUCAACAUUAAGACCAAAAGUUUCAAAGAUCUGCUGAGCGACGAGCCCUUCGCCAGAAAAGACAUCAUCGUCCUUCAGGACCCCACAAACCUGGAUAAAUUCAAUGUUUCCAACUUCUUCCACGUAAGAAACAACCUGAAGGUGUUGGAUCCCGAUGAGGAAAAGGCCAAGCUGCACCCGGCGUACCACCUGAAGACCACCAACCUGGAGACCAGGGAGACCUUAGCCGAGCUGUACAAGGACUACAAGGGGGAUCCGCUCCUGGCCUCCACCAUGAAGGAGUCGGCAGCCAAGAAGACGGACAAAUUGAACGCCGCCCACUACUCUACAGGCAGAGUUUCCGCCUCCUUCACAUCCACGGCCAUGACCCCCGCAACAACACAAGUAGCAGAAGCCAUCGCGGACGACACCGUGCGUUACCGCUAUGUGAAGAAGAAAGGCUACGUCCGUCUCCUCACGAACAAGGGGGACCUGAACGUUGAGUUACACUGUGACAAGGUUCCCAAAGCCGGAGAGAAUUUCAUCCGUCUGUGUAAGAAAGGCUACUAUGAUGGGACGGUCUUCCACAGGUCCAUCAGGAAUUUCAUGAUUCAAGGAGGGGACCCCACGGGCACCGGCACAGGAGGAGAGUCCUUCUGGGGGAAGCCUUUCAAGGAUGAGUUCAAGCCCAACCUGUCUCAUACCGGCCGGGGGGUUCUCAGCAUGGCCAACUCGGGUCCAAACACCAACAAGUCCCAGUUCUUCAUCACGUUCCGGUCGUGCAUCUACCUCGACAGGAAGCACACCGUAUUUGGAAGGAUUGUCGGUGGCUUCGAGGCCCUCACAGCCAUGGAGAACGUGGAGAGUGAUCCCAAAUCGGACAAACCGAAGUCGGAGAUCAAGAUCAUAACGGCGACUGUGUUCGUGGACCCGUACGAAGAAGCCGACGCUCAGAUUGCGGCGGAGCGAGAAAAGGAUGUGCAGAAGGAGGAGAAGGAGAAGCAGCAGUUCAGCAUCGCCCAGCAGAAGGCGAAGGAGGAGCAGGUGCCGAAAACCUUCAAAGCGGGCGUGGGGAAAUACAUCAACCCUGCCACGAAAAAACGUCCCGUGGCUGAAGAGGAAAGCGGGCCGUCCACCAGCGGCGCGGCGGCGGCGGCGCCCAAGAAGUCCAAAGGCAAGAGCAGCUUCGGAGACUUCAGCUCCUGGUAGCAGCGACGCGCGUCCGGCCUUUUUUUUUUUUUUUUUACCGGUCUGUGUUUUUAUUUCAUUCCUACGCGUGUCCAUCGUCUCUUUGUAGUGUUGUGAAACCAUUAAAGUUACUUUUUACCCCCCAAAAAAACUAAAGAAAAUGUCGUCGUAUUCUUUCAUUUACGUCUUGGUUAAAGAGUUAAAGGUGCCGGCGCUUGUUAAGCGGAAACUCAGGUUAGUUAAUCUCAUCGCCGUCAUCCAAGACGAGGUCUAAUCAAUAUCUGGGGCUAAAACCAUCCGAUCGAUGUCUUUUUCUUUCUUGUUUUUGUUUGCCCUGGACAGUUUAAUCGAUGCUCGGUCUAAUCGGUGAGCGUAAUUAACUGCCGCCGCGCUGUGUUCGUUUCCUGGUGGAGAAUUGACGUCAUGCAGACGUUUCUGCUCCCCAACUGGUUGUAAUGGAUUUGCUUUGACAGGUUUCCAGAAUCAAUUUACACACACACACACACACACAAAAAUACGUAAUAAAAUGACUCUGGAGCUUUUGUUAUAUCCACACCGGUCUGAUUUUAUUUUAGGAUUCACUCUGAUUUUUCACUUAAACUGUUUUAGAUUUGAGCUUUUUCAUUUUUACCUAAUUGUGCUUCCACAAAACCCUCUUUUUGUAAGUAAAAAAACUAAUAAAAUAAAAAUGUUUUCACUCUC